AUGAAUACAAAAAGUAUGAGUACUGUAAUGGAAGAAAUAAUGUGUCUAUUUUAUAAUCCAAAAAUAUAUUUAAAAAAAAAUAUUUCAAUAACUGAAAAGAUGUAUGAUUAUAUGACAUGUUCUAAUCCACCAGCUGUUCUUAAUAAUAGAAAAAAAUUAAGAAAUUUUAUUAAUUAUCCCAAUAACAAGAAAUAUUAUUAUUAUUUUAUUGUUAGAGAUCCUAUUGAUAGAUUUUUGAGUGGUUUUCUUGAUAAGUGUGUACGUGAAAGAAUGAAAAGUAAAAAUAAAGCUACACAAUGUCAUGGUUGUGGUUAUGAUAUUGAAUGUUUUGUUAAUGAAAUAUAUAGAAGAGCAAAAAUUUUCCAUGACACUGGUUUUUUAUUUCCAAAAACAAUGGAAGAUUAUCAUUUUAUGCCACAAUCUUGGAAAUGUCAUUUAAAUGAAGAAAAAGAUAAAUAUACAAUUUUUUAUUAUACCAAUAAGACAAAAUUAUACAAUGAUUUAGAUAUUUAUUAUAAAAAAAUUGGAAUAUCAAAAUAUUUAAGAGAUAAAAUUCAACAUGAUUUAAAAAAUAAUUAUACAGAACAUAAAACAUUUGAUUCCCCGUUAAGAGGAAUGUUUGAAAAUUAUUUAAGAGGUGAUAAAGAUUUGAUGAAAAAAUUAGUCAAUCUUUAUUAUACUGAUUAUAUUAUGUUUAAUUUUUCUUUCCCAAAGUUAGAUUAG